AUUCUUCACCGAUUCGCGGCGUUAUCGCGGUUCUCUCUCUAGUCUUCUUUUUUCCAUCUGACCUUCCAAGAAGGAAUACUGCGUGACAAGAACGAGUAAACAUAUACACACGCAACAUAUAAAAUAAUCUUAUAUAUAUAUAUAUAUAUAUAUCUUCUUUCUCUGAGCUCUCUGCUCUGGUAGUCCGCAUUAGUUCUUGUAUCCAUUAAUCCCUCCUCGCCAAUGACCUUAGCUCUUCUUCUCAUAGAUCUGACACUGACCCUUUUCUAGCAACAAUAACACAGGUACAAACUUUUCUCUAGGAAUAAUUGGCGUUAGAAAGCAUGGUAUUAGGAAAGUACUCUAGAGUCGAUGGUAGAAAAUCAUCAAGUUACUGUUCGACAGUGACUCUGGUUGUGUUUGUGGCCUUUUGCUUAGUUGGGGUAUGGAUGCUGACAUCGUCCUCUAUAGUUCCUGUUCAAAAUGUUGAUGUGCCUUCUCAGGAGAACAAAAAUGAGGUGAAGGAACAAGUGAAUGAAAGUAAUGAUAGCACUUCGAGCAAACAGAUCAAUUCCAAGCAGUUUGAGGACAAUCCGGGUGAUUUACCAGAAGAUGCAACGAAAGGGGACAUCAACGUUAGUUUAGCCGAGGAGGAAAACAAGUCUAAUUCUCAAGAGACCUCAAACCUUCCUGACAAAACAACUCAGGAUGCCCCGGAGGAAAACCAAGAAGAGGAGCCUAUAAAGGAGAGUGUAAAAGAAGAGACCAAGUCAGAAGAUACGAUCAAACCCGAGACGGAGAAUGGAGAAGAAAAAGCAGAUGGGGAGUCAAAGGAAGAGACCAAAGAGACAAACACUGAUGGUGGUGAAAAUAAAUCUGAUUCUGACGAGGGUGAGAAGAAAUCAGAGGAGAAUUCAGGUGAAAAGGUGGAGCAAAAUCAAGAUAAGGAGUCGGGGCAAAGCUUUGAUGAGAAGGAGGAGGAUGGUCUGGUCAAAGAUCAGGUUGUCAAAGAGGUGUUUCCUUCUGGAGCUCAGUCGGAGCUCCUAAAUGAAACUACCACCCAGAAUGGACCAUGGUCAACUCAGGUAGCUGAGUCAAAGAAUGAAAAGGAAGCCCAAAAAUCUUCUCAAUCUGACCUACAAACUGGGUACAGUUGGAAACUUUGCAAUGUCACUGCCGGGCCAGAUUACAUCCCAUGCCUCGACAAUAUGCAAGCAAUUAGGAGUCUCCAAUCUACUAAGCAUUAUGAACACAGGGAGAGGCACUGUCCCGAAGAACCCCCUACCUGCCUUGUUCCCCUUCCUGAAGGUUACCAAUGCCCAAUUGGGUGGCCUACAAGCAGGGAAAAGAUAUGGUACCAUAAUGUUCCCCACACCAAGCUUGCAGAAAUUAAGGGGCACCAGAAUUGGGUGAAGGUUAGCGGUGAUUACCUUACCUUCCCUGGUGGUGGGACCCAGUUUAAGUAUGGUGCUCUUCAUUACAUCGAUUUCAUUCAGCAGUCUGUGCCCGAUGUUGCUUGGGGAAAACGUUCUCGUGUGAUAUUGGAUGUUGGAUGCGGGGUUGCUAGCUUUGGAGGAUAUCUAUUCGAAAGAGAUGUACUCGCCAUGUCAUUUGCCCCAAAAGAUGAACACGAAGCCCAGGUUCAGUUUGCACUUGAAAGGGGAAUCCCUGCUAUAUCUGCUGUGAUGGGCACAAAGAGACUUCCGUUCCCAGGGAGAGUGUUUGAUGUUGUUCACUGUGCACGGUGUAGGGUGCCCUGGCAUAUUGAAGGGGGUAAACUUCUUUUGGAACUGAAUCGUUUAUUGCGGCCUGGUGGUUUCUUCGUGUGGUCUGCGACUCCUGUUUACCAGAAGCUUCCCGAAGAUGUUGAAAUUUGGGAAGCCAUGAAGCAACUAACAAAGUCCAUGUGCUGGGAAGUUGUAUCAAUAACUAAGGACAGACUGAAUAAGGUUGGCGUGGCUGUAUAUCAGAAGCCUGCUUCAAAUGAGUGUUAUGAGAAAAGAUCACGGAAUGAGCCUCCUCUCUGCCUAGAAUCUGAUGAUCCAGAUGCAGCCUGGAAUGUGCCAUUGCAAGCAUGCAUGCACAAAGUGCCUGUUAAUGCAUCAGAACGUGGGUCUCAAUGGCCUGAACAAUGGUCAGCAAGGCUGGAGAAACCUCCUUACUGGUUGUUGAAUUCCCAGGUUGGAGUUUAUGGUAAAGCAGCCCCUGAGGAUUUCACUGCAGACUAUAAACACUGGAAGCGUGUGGUGACCAAGUCGUAUCUUACUGGGAUGGGUAUAAACUGGUCUACAGUACGGAAUGUCAUGGACAUGAGAUCUAUCUAUGGAGGAUUUGCUGCUGCUCUAAGAGACUUGAAUGUGUGGGUCAUGAAUGUGGUCCCAAUAGACGCUCCAGAUACAUUACCAAUUAUUUAUGAACGGGGUCUAUUUGGAAUUUAUCAUGAUUGGUGUGAAUCAUUUAAUACCUACCCAAGAUCUUAUGAUCUAGUCCACGCUGAUCAUCUCUUCUCCAAAAUGAAGACCAAGUGCAAUUUGGCGGCUGUGGUUGCGGAGGUUGAUCGUGUUCUAAGACCAGAGGGAAAGCUCAUUGUCCGCGACAAAGUUGAGACUAUUAAUGAGCUGGAGGGCAUGCUGAAGGCCAUGCAGUGGGACGUCCGCUUCACUUUCUCUCAGGACAAGGAAGGAUUGCUGUGCGUCCAAAAAACCAUGUGGCGCCCCAAAGAGGUGGAGACAAUUAAAUAUGCAAUUGCUUAAUCAUGUUGUCCGGCGAUGGUUCUCGUGUUCUUGAGAAUAGGUAUUUAUGUUGUUUUGGUCGCUUAUUUUUAAAUCAUGGCAAAUGUACUUUUCUUUAGCACAUGAAUAUCUGUUAGCCUGGUUGGUAUCUGAUUUUUUUUCUUCUUGUUUUCGAAGUUUUGAUUUCUGAUGGUGACCAGUUUCUCAAUUGUAAUGUCAUAUUAUUAGUUAUAUCAAUGAAACAUGUCAUUCUUUGAA